GACCUGGAUCAAGCUUCAACAGCAGCUUAAGACGGAGCUGAGAGAUGUGAAGCUUCACACCAUCUGACACCAGUUUGGACACACUGGAGCAUCUGAAUGUCUUUUGACACCAUGACUGAAGUGGAAUUCAAUGCGAUACUGACCACUGCCCUGACAGGAGUCCUGCUGGUGGCAGUUAUGGCUCUGCUCUGCUACUUUACCUGCAGACUGGCUGGUUCACUGCCACUGGGUGGACCUGGCCGGUUUUGAAGCUGCUACUUACCUCUGGCCUGCUGCAUCUGAGGAAUGCUGCGAGACGACGGCAGACAGGCCUCCCCGGCUUCUCAAAGUGGCAUUUUAUGACUGUCUAGAGUAACGCGUCAGCCGCACAGAGACGACAACAUGAAGAUGACAGCCCUGCUCAUCAUUUGCUCCUGUCUGAUUUUGGGGAGCUUGGGGAAACCACAGUUUCCUGAGGAAGAGAAAGAUCCAAAGUUUUGGAACACGUGGGCCCAGCAAACCCUGAAGAACGCUUUGACGCUGCAGCAGCUCAAUAAAAACAAAGCGAAGAAUCUCAUCCUCUUCCUUGGUGAUGGGAUGGGCGUUCCUACGGUGACGGCUGCUCGCAUACUGAAGGGUCAGCUGAAUGGACAGAGCGGAGAAGAAACACAAUUGGAAAUGGACAAGUUCCCUUUUGUAUCUUUAUCCAAGACAUACAACACUAAUGCACAGGUGCCAGACAGUGCUGGCACAGCCACGGCUUACCUCUGUGGGGUUAAGGCCAACGAGGGCACAGUGGGCGUGAGUGCAGCUGCUGUCCGAUCCCAGUGUAACACCACACAGGGCAAUGAGGUCACCUCCAUCCUCAAGUGGGCCAAGGAUGCAGGCAAGUCAGUGGGAAUAGUGACCACAACGCGCGUCAACCAUGCAACUCCCAGUGCUGCUUACGCACACUGUGUGGACCGAAACUGGUACUCCGACAACGAGAUGCCAGAAGAAGCGCUGAAAGCUGGCUGCAAGGAUAUCGCCAGGCAACUCUUUGAAAACAUUCGCAACAUUGAUGUGAUUAUGGGCGGAGGAAGGAAGUAUAUGUUCCCCAAGAACCAGUCGGAUGUAGAAUACCCUAAUGUGCUGAAGCACAGCGGCACACGGAAAGAUGGAAGAAACCUGGUGCAGGAGUGGACUGAAAGAAUGAAGGAUAAAAAAGGACAUUAUGUAUGGAACAAGAAGCAGCUCUUAUCCCUAAACCCUAACAAUGUGGAUUACCUCCUGGGUCUCUUUGAACCUGAAGAUCUGCCAUAUGACUUGGAAAGGAACACUGACUCUGAUCCAUCACUGACAGAGAUGGUGGAUGUGGCUAUCAAGAUCCUGAAGAAGAACCCAAGUGGAUUUUACCUGCUUGUAGAGGGAGGACGAAUUGACCACGGACACCAUGAGGGCAAGGCCAAGCAGGCUCUGCAUGAAGCUGUGGAAAUGGACCGGGCUAUUGGCCGGGCAGGUCUCUUGACCAGCACACAUGAUACACUCACCAUAGUAACUGCUGACCAUUCUCACGUAUUCAGCUUUGGAGGCUACACACCUCGAGGAAAUACAAUAUUUGGUCUGGCUCCCAUGUUGAGUGAUGUUGAUCAAAAGCCGUUCACCUCCAUUUUGUAUGGAAAUGGACCAGGUUACAAAGUUAUCAAUGGUGCGAGGGAGAACGUCUCUACUGUUGACUAUCAGGCAAACAACUACCAGGCCCAGGCAGCUGUACCCCUGAACUUGGAGACUCAUGGAGGAGAUGAUGUGGCGGUGUUUGCUAAAGGUCCCCUGGCUCACCUUCUACAUGGAGUCCACGAGCAGAACUACAUCCCCCACGUAAUGGCAUAUGCAGCCUGUAUCAGCCAGAACAGGGAACACUGUAUGCCAUCCAGCGGGACAGCUGGAUUGCAGCCAGCUUUCUCCAUUAUUGCAACCGUUCUCUCAGCCACUCGACUUUUGUGCUGACCCAGACACCUCACCCUGUUAAUGCACCCAUUUUAACCAGUCAUACAUUUUAAGAUUUUAAUUUGAUGAUAUUGCUUAAUGUUUUUUUUUUUUCUCUUUUCACUAUUUUAAAUAUGGGACCACUUUUAGACACUUUUAUUGUUACAAUAAUUAACUGACAAAAGCCUAAGUAUAUCAGUUUUGGUCUAUUCAAAAUAAUAGAUAACAAAUCGAUCUACUCUGAUGCACUGCAAAAAGGAUGCUGUGGCUGUGGUCACUGUAAAUUACAAGACUUAAAUUGUGAUUUGUCUGUUGAACAGUUGUUAAUUAAGGAUUUUGGGACCUGUUUGCUGUCCUUUUUUAAAGCAUACCGUCUCUGUUUAAAUAGAUUGAAUUUGCAAAUGUUUGAAUUUGUUUCAUAUUUUAAAUGUGCAUUUAACAGAGUCUACCUCACAAGCAAUUUGAAGAAUAUUUUUUGCCACUAGAGGCAAAUGAAUGUAUAAUUGACAAUACAUUGAAAUAUAAUUGUUUUUUUUGUCACACAUCUUUUUUUGCAUAUUUGCAAAAAAAAAAAAAAAAAAAAAAAAAAAAUCCAACCUGUGGUUCUGUCCAAAUACAAGUUGUAAAAUCUCAAAUUCAAUAAAUGAAAUGUGUCUUUUUUCUGAUAAUCUUGUUAUUAGUUUUGGUGUUACAUAAUUUAAAAAAAAAUCCAAAUUAAUUUUAUCCCCCUGCAUUCUUCCAUGCAAAAUGCAUCAAAUGUUUUGUCUCACGUCUGUGCAGAUAAAUCACGCAGUGAAUAUCCUUUUUAGGUUGUAAUGCGUGUAAGUUGUACUUUUCCAUCUGCUGUGUUGUGGACUGUGUGGAAUGCGAGUGGACUGAAGCCACUAAUUUCUUGGCAUCGUGCGGUCACUGGGAAAACAGAGGGCUCAUGUUGGCUGAAGCAUGAACAUGGAGGUUUAGUCUAAGCGGGUAUGAAAUAAAGCUCUCAUGCUAUUACUAGUACAUUCUCAAUAUCAGGACUCAUAAUGACUCCUUUAGGCCUGCUGGGGUACCAUGUCAUAAUUUCCAAUAAAAUUAAUUUACUGUU